UAAAAGCGUACACAAUCCCCACUUCCGUGAUUUCCUCCACUCACUAUAUUCUUUCUUUCUCCCCACCAUCACUCAUCAUUCAAAUUCCACCUUCCCUCUUCACCGAAAAACCAACCCUCACUAUGCCGAUUUCCAUCGUAGACCAUACCGGCCGCCACGUAAGCAUGCGUAGCAUCAUCGCCGAUCCCACACCACUUCCAACCCCCCUCGCCAUCACCAUAGUCGACCACUACCUCCCUUACGAUACCCACAACACCUACGCCAUCACUGUCGAUUCCGCCGUCACCAUCCAAACCCUCCUCACCUCCUCCCCUUCCCAUGUCGAAUCCUGGAUCCUCGAAACCCAAGAUCUCUCCCGCUCCCUCCCUUCCCCCACCACCAUCGGCCUCGACAUCGAGUGGCGCCCAAACUCCCAACGCGGCCAAUCAAACCCCGCCGCCACACUCCAGCUCUGCGUCAACAACCGCUGCCUCGUUUUUCAAAUCAUCCACUCCCCUCACAUCCCCACCUCGCUCCUAACCUUCAUGGCUAACCCUAACAACAGAUUCGUCGGCGUCGGAAUCGAAAACGACGUCGAGAAGCUUAUCGAAGAUUACAACAUCUCCGUAGGAAACUACGUCGAUUUGCGAAACCUUGCCGCCGAAGUGCUGCAAGAUCGGGCGAUGCUGAUGUUUGGGAUCAAGAAACUGGCGGAACGGAUUCUUGGGAAGAUUGUUGAGAAGCCGCAGAGGAUUACGAGGAGUAGGUGGGAUAAUCCGUGGCUUAAUGUUGAUCAGGUUAAGUAUGCUGCCGUUGAUGCGUAUAUUUCGUUUGAGAUUGGGCGUCGUUUAUACUCUAACCAGGUUAUUGAAUGAUGAUGAUGAUGAGGGUGAUUCCUCUGUUCUCUGCCGUUUUAAUUUGUUUAGUGUCGUUUAGUUUUUUAGGUUAACAUUUGGGGCUUUUGUUUCUUUCUACUUGUGUUAAUUGAAUUGAUGACAGUUAUUCUGGAUCUAAGUUGUGAAAACUACACAAAAAAAAUAUUAUGAAUUGUUGGCUUUAUAUUAUA